CGGCGGCGGUUUAAUUUCCUAGUUGCUCAAGAUGGCGGCGGCCGUUUUUCCAAGGCGCUGCUGCAGCCGCUGGAGAAAAGAGAGGAUAACUCCGCUGCUGGUAAUGCUCUGGGGAGCUGCCGGCCUGGCGUUCCUCCUUACGGUUGCGGCUUCCCUGGAGCCGGAGGCGGUGGGGAGCCACGUGGUGGAGCUGAGCGGGUCCAACUGGAGCCUCCUGCUGCAGGGCCAGUGGAUGGUGGAAUUGUGUAAGUGGCCGUUUCUUAGUCACUACUCUUCCCACUAUUUACCAUGCAAAGGAUGGAGUUUUUCGCAGAUAUCGUGGCUCGAAGGCCUUGGAGGAUCUAGAGAGUUAUAUCCUGGAGAGGAAAUGGGAAAGUAUAGAACCUGUGGCAGGAUGGAAGUCUCCCUCAUCUCUAAUGAUGUGUGGAAUGGCAGGACUUUUCCAUUUAUCUGGAUGGAUCAGACAAAUCCACAACUAUUUUACUGGCACUCUUGGGAUUCAUAUUUGGGUUUCCUACGCCAUCUUCAUAUUAGCCACCCUUCUGAUAGGUCUUAUCUUGGCUUUGAUAUUUGUUUUGCUUAUAGACUGCAUGUGUCCUGCUAAGUUCAAAGAAGAAAGUUUUGAUUCCGUAGAUCCUGAUGAGAAGAAGAUAGAAGAAGAUCAACAGCAAACAUUGGAACUUUCAGCAGGGAAUGAAAUUCCAGAAAAGGGUUUGUCUAUUGGAGAAAAUGAAGAAGAGGGAGAAGAUGAGUCUCAGCCCAAUUCCUCAGAUGAUUCAGCAGUUGAAGGAUGUGAGGGAGAAAAUGAUUUAGAGCCUUUUGAAUCUGACAAGUUAGAGGAGACCUCCUUAAGACAACGUAAAAAUCAGAUGGAGCCUGAACUAUAGUGAAAGUACUUGAGUGUAUACUUUUAAGUGGACCAAAGAUGAUUGGGACCUUCGUUUUGCAGCUGAAGCCAAAUAUUUGACUUAUAAGACAUUGCAGCUAAAUAUAGGCUGACUGCCAGAAAGCUUCUGUUUUUAUUUUUAAGGUCAAUAUUUUGAAUGUAAAAUACGACUAACGUUGAAAUCAGAGACAUGACAAUCAAACAACCACAUUGAGUUCAGGAAUAGGUAAGAGGUUUUAUUGCAUCAUCCAUACAGUGGUGGGUUCCAGAUCCCAUUCCCACCAAUACGAUUGGAACGGGUCUGGCGUUGCCCACAUGGACACAUGCAUGGCACGCACAUGCGUCGUAGCUGCCACGAAUGUUUCCACAAGCCUCCACAACACCAGUUGCUCAGCGGAGGGUCACACAGGCGCUGUAUGUGCCAUGUGCAUGCGUGGAAGCGCCAAAGGCUUUAAAGGACAGGUAAGGAGCUCUGGUG